CAGAAUUAAAAAUCCAAAAAUGUGAGAUGGCCACACUUUCAAGAAUAUGCAGACGAUGUCUGUAUUUAAGCCAAUUUCACAAUAUUAGUAGGAUAACACACAACUACAGAUAUGUAGGAUCACUGGGCUCGUCACUUGGAGAAUCCAAACAGAUGCUAUGGAAUGAAUAUAACAGAGCAAAGGCUGCAGUGAAAGCACGUCCCGCUGCCCCCAACGUUGACCCACUUUCUAUUUUCUCUAACAAUGAGCUCAGUCUCGGUGACAUCAACGUCUAUGGCUUUGAUUAUGACUACACGUUGGCGUCAUACAGGGAUGAGCUUCAUUUCCUCAUUUACCAGCUUGGCAGGGAGGCCCUAGUGAACCAGCUAAAAUACCCUAAAGCAAUACUUGGUCUGGAGUACAACCCUGGAUUUGCUGUCAGGGGGAUCCAUUAUGACAUCAGAAAGGGAUUGCUAAUGAAAAUUGAUGCUUUCCACAACAUACAACCAGGGACAGUAUACAGAGGUCUAGAACCAGUGGAAUAUUCUGAAGUGAUAGAACUAUAUGGAGGGACACAUGUGUCUGUUGAGUAUGUCAGUCCCUUCUUCGGCAAGAAUGCAAUGCACCAGCUUAUGGAUCUAUUUGCCUUGCCUGAGGUGACCCUUCUAUCUAAUAUAACACAGUACUUCAAUGAGAAGAACAUUGCUUAUGACCCAGAGUACGUCUUCUAUGAUGUCAGAAAUGCAGUUCAAGGUAUUCACACCUCUGGACUUCUGCAUCAGAAAAUAAUGGAAAACUUAGAUGUGUAUAUUGAGAAAGGCCCAGAGGUUGCGGAACUCUUACAGAAUUUGGCAGCUGCAGGGAAAAAACUUUUCUUGCUUAGUAACAGUGGAUUCCCAUUUGUGGACAAGGGAAUGACAUAUAUGAUUGGCCCUGAUUGGAUGGAUUUGUUUGAUGUGUGUAUAGUCAACGCUAGAAAACCUAAGUUCUUUCAUCAGAAGUCUCGGCCAUUUAGAAUAUAUGAGAAGGAGACAGGUAUGCGGACGUGGGACAGAGUGUCAUCAUUACAAAAAGGAAAAAUAUACCAAGAGGGUAAUGUGUCUCUAUUCAGUGGAAUGACAGGUUGGAUUGGAUCUCAGGUGUUAUACUGUGGGGACCAUGUAUACAGUGACUUAGCUGAUCCAGGGCUAAGACAUGGCUGGCGAACAGGUGCUAUCAUUCCUGAACUAGAGAAUGAGAUUUCAAUCCAAAACUCCAUAUCAUUCAAGACUUCAAUGGCAUGGAUGAUCACACUACAGAACUUAAUAGAGAGGCUUCAGAUCUACGAUGACUCAGAAUCUCAAGAGGUGCUACAUGUCUGGAUGAAAGAGAGGGAUGAUUUAAGGAAUUUCUCGAAGGAAGUAUUCAACCCACAAUUUGGCAGUGUAUUCAGAACAUACCACAACCCAACAUACUUCUUCCGUCGCUUACAUAGACUAGCAGACCUCUAUAUGUCAUCAAUAGUGAACCUAUCUAACUAUUCUGAUCAACAUACAUUCUACCCACGUCGUUGGGCAUUACCGCAUGAAGUGCAUUAUGGGAUACCUUGGGAAGAGCAGGGUGGUGUAUUGAGAUGAGAUUUAUUGUUGAAAUGGAUGUCAUAAUUUGGCAAAUUGUUGCCCUGUGAUUGUAUAUUGGUGUCAUAAAUUUAAACUUGUAUAUUGAUGUCAUACCAAUACCAGGUCAUUAGUCUUCUGACAUGUCUGAUAGAGACAAGAAAGUUAUACAGUACUUAUACAUGCAAAAUAAGAGAUAAGCAUGUAAUGAAGGAUUCUUUAGUCCUGCUACAUACAUGUAGAACUGUAUCAAAAAUCAUUUUUCAAGUGAGUUACAUGUAUUUUCACUGAAAAUUUAGUAAUUAUUUGCAAUUUUUGAGAAUCAGUUUGCAUUUAGCAUUUUUAAAAG